AUGGCUGAAGCCACCGUCAGACGCUCCCAGAAGGCCUGGGCCGCCCCCGCCAGCAAUCGGCCCGAGCUGAAGCUAGAAAACUCGCUCACACGAACAAAAGUGCCGUUUGUGCCGAAUGAGGGGAACCUGGUCCGUUUCUACAUUUGCGGGCCGACCGUCUACGACUAUUCGCACAUGGGCCAUGCCCGAGCCUACCUCACCUUCGACAUCAUCAGACGCGUGCUGACCGACUACUUCAAGUACGACGUCCAGCAAGUGAUGAACAUCACCGACAUUGACGAUAAAAUCAUCAAACGCGGACGUCAACGCCACCUGCUGAAGGAGUAUCUGGCAACGGCUACGAAGAAAAGCCACAAGGAGAUUGCCGAGGAUCUGAUCAAGGCCAUCGCCAUCUUCAAGGCGAAAAUUGACGCCGAGACGGAUAGCGAUAAGAAGACGAUGCUCUCCGGGCUGUUGGAAAAGGUGAUGAACGCUUCUAAGAAUAUGGAAGCAGUUGCGGCCACAAAUGAUGCGAGCAAAAUCGAUGGAGGAAAGACCCGCCUGCUCGCUGAUUCGCAAGAUGUACUAAUGGAAUGGCUGGACAGCGAAAAGGGCAGCACCAUCAGCGAGCACCACGUUUUCGAUAGCCUUUCGCGAGAAUUCGAAACCGAAUUCCUGAAGGACAUGGGACGACUCGGCGUCCUCCCCACCGAUGUGUUGACCCGCGUCUCGGAGUACGUGCCCGAGAUUAUCGCCUACGUGGAGAAAAUCAUCAAGAAUGGCUACGCCUACAAGACCACUGACGGAUCGGUCUACUUCGACACGGCGGCUUUUACCGCCAACAAGGAGCACUUCUACGCCAAGCUCGUCCCGGAGGCGUACGGUGAUUCGGAGAACCUGCUGAAGAACAUGCGCGAAGGAGAAGGGGAACUGAGCAUGGGAAACUCUCAGCUGAAAAAGACCGACAGCGACUUUGCUCUCUGGAAAGUGUCAAAGCCGGGCGAGCCAUCAUGGGACAGCCCUUGGGGCAAAGGCCGACCGGGUUGGCAUAUCGAGUGCUCCGUCAUGUCGAACGCCGUAUGCGGCAAGAAACUCGACAUUCACGCCGGAGGAUUCGACCUGAAAUUCCCGCACCACGACAAUGAGAUUGCUCAGGUUGAAGCCCACUAUGAUGACCCCCACUGGGUAAACUACUUCCUCCACUGCGGCACCCUCCGGAUCGCAGGCCUCAAGAUGAGCAAGAGCCUCAAAAACUUCAUCACCAUCCGCAAGGCCCUCGAGGAUUACACGCCCCGCCAGAUCCGCACCCUCUUCCUGAUGCACAACUGGUCCGACACGUUGGACUACAGCGAAGAGACCCUAAAACAAGCCCUCCACUACGAACGCGUCACCAAUGAGUUCUUCCUUCUCGUCAAGGAUUUGAUGCGAAAGCACUGGAAGGCCGAUGAGGCCGCUGGGUAUGCCAAGUAUGACAAGAAGGAGCUCGAGGUCAACGAGAAGUUCUUGAAACUGAGGGAGGAAGUCCAUGCUGCUCUUUGCGACUCUAUCGAUACCCGAACGGCCCUGAAGUCAAUCCGCGACAUGGUGGAUGUUGGAAAUGCCUACAUCACGGAAAAGUUAAAUCAAAACUCCGUCCCCAACGUGCUCCUCCUCCGCCAAAUCGCCCUGUACAUCACUGAGAUCUUCAAGACGUUCGGCAUGAUCCCCAAGUCGACGGAGAUUGGAUAUCCAAUUGAAUCUGGAGAUUUCGGCGGAUCCAAGGAAGAGGUGGUUAUGCCGUACCUUGAUGCGAUGGCCAAGUUCCGCGAGGAUGUCCGAACCAUCGCCCGCGAACACAAGGUCGCCGGAAUCCUAAAGCUUUGCGACGAGCUGCGUGACGACGUGUUGCCGAAUCUUGGUGUGCGCCUCGAAGACCGAAAUAACCAGACGACGAUCAAGCUGGUGGAUCGGGAAGUGCUGAUGAAGGAACGCGAAGAGCAGGAGAAGGUUGAACGCGAGAAACGAGAGAAGCGCAUCCCGCCCGAGCAGCUAUUCAGAACAACCGAAUAUUCCCAAUGGGACGAAAAGGGCAUCCCCACCCACAUUGCCAAUGGCGAAGAGGUUUCUAAGAAGCUGCGCAAGAAGUUGGAAAAACUUUGGGAAACACAGCAGAAGGACUUCGCCGGCGCCACCCAAAAUGGAACGGCGGUCCAU